AUGGCUAAAGUUAACCUCAACCGAAUCUCCCACGUGUACUACACGUACAAGGAUCUCGACACAGCGCACCUGUUUUUGCUCGACUUCGGCCUUCUUGAAGAUGACAAUGACGUAUUUGGCAGUGCCGCGUUCGCAGUAGAGGCUCUCCAGGACUUGGAGCGCGCCUCUGGUCUUCCCGGCGCCACUCCGAUCAGGGAUCUCGACGGUCCCGGAUGGGGCAAGGUUGUGACUCUACGAGAACCUGUCAACGAUUUCCCCUUUCAUUUCGUUUAUAUCGAAAGCCAGGGCUCAUGGGAGCCGGGUAAGGAGCAUCGUGGAACUCAGCCACUCAACUACGUAAUCCUCUUCUUCAAUAAUACCCCUCCUGUUUGA